CUAUUCUCAAAUUUUAUUAUAUUUGUGUUUUGAUAACAAAACAACACAUGUUUCCAAUGAUAUAAUAAAUAUGUAUGGAGCGAAAAUUUCCCAUAUAUAGACGAAAACUGUGUGCGCUUGUUGAAUUUGUCGAGUUGAUAAUGAAAAAAAAAAAAGGCAAAGAGAGGCGAGCAAAAAUAAUUGCUUUAGUAUAUGUUAGACAUUCGUCGCGAAAGCACGUCGUUAUGCUUUAGGUGUUGAUGGGUGAAACAAGUUGUAAUAAUAAAAUAUAAUAUAUAUCUAUAUAAACACUUUACUGAUAAAAAUCAAAGUUUCGUGCCUGACUCAUUCACAAGAAAAGAAAGAUUUAAAGAACAAGAAAAAAUAAAUAAAUAAACGUAGUAACACUUACGUAAUUAAUCAUAUUGGAGAGUUAUUAGUUGUUGAUAGUUAUCAUAGGAACUAAAAUCGUGUUUUUGUGUGAAUUCAUGCUUUUCUCUCAAUUUCCGGAUCUAUCACAUUUACACCCGCCUUUGCAAAAAAUAAGACAAGUACGAUCGACAAAUUAAUAUGUUCUUGAGAGUCACGCGAAAAGAUGUGCAAUUUUAGUGUUUACAGCGAAGUCGAUUCCUAUUAAAAAUACAGUUUGUGCUUUUUUUCAAAGUUGUGAUAGAUGCAAACAUUGAAUAAAUAUGUCUUGAAAUUGCAUAUAGACAACAUGUUGCAUGUGAGCUACAAGUAAAUAGAUUCACGUACAUAUAAUUUGAAAGGAAUAAUAAAUGAGUUUUAAAAUAUCAUAAUGUGAUAUUGUUUAUAUAUUUAAUUGUGUACAUAAUUCAGACAAUAUCACUAGAAUAAAGCAUUCAGAUAAUGAAAUGAGACGUUACAAAUCUCUCAAGGACUUGAAAAUAAUUGGAAAUAAUAACAAUAAUAAAAUGCAAAAUCAAAACAAUUCAAAACGAAGUGGAAGCAUGCUUAACGCUUGUAUAAGUCUCGGUAACCCUUUCGAUGAGAAUGAAUACAUAAAAUAUCCAGUUCUGUACGAGCUCAGUCACAAAUAUCUCAAUGACAAUCAGCCAGAAGCCAAUUUACCUGAUAGACUAGAAGAAUUAAAAGAAGCCAUCAGAAAAGAAAUUAGAAAAGAAUUAAAGAUUAAAGAAGGUGCUGAAAAAUUGAGAGAGGUAGCGACGGAUAAGCGUGCAUUGUCUGAUGUUGCCUCGAUAGUUAAAAAAAGUAACACAAAACUCCAAGAACUGAAAUCAGAGCUGCAUGAGCUCGAGAGCCAAAUUAUUUUAACGCAAGCCAAUAGUAAUGGAAAAGAAUAUCUCAAUUCAUCACCUACGCCAGCAAAUUCCAAUUCUGUUUCCCAAUCGGACAAUUUGGAAGCAUCAAAUGAUAAGCAUUUGCAAUCACUGGAGAAACAGUUGACGAUUGAGAUGAAAGUUAAAAAUGGGACUGAAAAUAUGAUACAAUCGAUAUCUCAGAACUAUCAGAGUCGUGAUAAAAAGCUCCUUGCUGAGGCGUAUACUAUGCUCGAAGAUUCAAAAGCAAAAAUUGAAUUCCUUAAAUUGAAAAUAUUGAAGGUCAAGCAGAAUCGCCAAAUGAAUAAAACAUUAGAGAACGGAGAGCUGAGAUCAAAUGAGCAACUGGAAACAACAUUGGAAGAGCGCAUAGAAGAAUUGCGUCAUCGAUUACGUAUCGAAGCGGCAGUUGUUGACGGAGCAAAGAAUGUGAUUAGGACCUUACAAAGUACUAAAACAAUUGACAAAAAGGCCUUGCAAGAGAAAAAGGAUAGAUUUUGGUUGAAGAUGGCAACAAUAUCAAAUGAAUAUAACGAAGAAAAGAAUGGCGGUGGUGAUUAUAAUGAAAGUAGUAGCAGUGGAAAUGAAAUGACUGCUGAAUGGAUUGUUAAAGCUAAGCUUACAAUAUCGAAACCCAAAAAGAAAGCACUUUCAUUUAAUGCGAGUGACUGUGGCGCCAGAAGAUCAAAGGGGAGUCCGUGUCGUGUAGUUUAUAAAUGGUCAUCCGAUGGAAAAGAUCAAGCACAACAGCAAAAUCUCACAAACAUAAUCACAGAGAAGUCUUUGAAAACUAGACCGCAACCUACGCUACAAAAUGAUGAAAUUGAUUCAUCUGAUCCACAUAAAAAUAGUAAAAAUCUUAAUGAUAUGCUCAAAAGCACCUGUAAUAUUGUAUUGACCACAGAUAUUUGUCCAAAUGCUAUGAUUGAGAGCAAUAACAAUAAUGUCCAACAUGAUAGAUGUACGACACACACCUACACAUUUUCGCCAGAUCAGUGUCAGGUAUUUCACGAAAUUUCACAACCAAGACAAAUGACUGAGGAGGGAAUUUUAGUGUCGAGAGAUGUGAGCUGUCAGACGAGUGACUGUGAGGUGAUACCAAUAAGAAAAAAGUCUGAUAAUUUUAAAGAACAAAAUAUCAAUCGAUCAUCAAAUGUUGAAGGACGAAGAAAGGCAUAUAGUGGACAUAGAAGAGCAACAGACUCAAUAGUAUCGUCAAAUUCAGUGCAAAAAGCUGAAGGAUACCGCUUAACGCCUUCACGAUCGCCAAGACAAUCAUCCCCUGCCUUUUCAAAUCCUUCAGCAGCAAAUUCUGUGAAAGACAAAAAGAAACCACCAAGAACUGUUCAUAUUGAUGUUUAUUGUACAGGCUCAGAAGCCGAUACAAAUAGUAGCAACUCAUCGUCGCCUAAUAUUGUCGACGACAUAGCAAAUUUAAUGACCCAAGCUCAAACUGUUAUGGAUGCUGAUGAUAUGGUAUUAAAGCAUAGAAGAGUUAUUUCAAGGGGUGAAUUGCCGAAAAAAUUGAUAAAGGACCAAAAAGCUACUAAAAUUGAAGUUACUGAACCCGACGACGACAUUCAACAGGAACAAAUUUUUGACUUUUCGCAGGUUCUUCUACAAAAUAAUGUGAACGAUAAAGAAGAAGUUAAUGAAAGCAAGCAAAUGCUUUUUAAGAAAUAUCUAGGUGAUCAACGCCAAAUACUUAAGUUUAAUGAGCUUAGAGCGUUGAUGAUGCGUCGUCAAACAAGCGAUGAUGCAAUCAGCAGUAAUUAUGCUAACUCUAGUUAUUCAACUGUUCGUGAUUUGACUUCAAGUUCUUUGGCGUCUGGUGUUAUGGAUUCGCCUACAAUUAUAAAUUUUGAAGAUAGUGAAUGGAAGGAAUUAGAUGUUGCAAUACAAACUGGUGAUUUCAUUACUCCAAUUGGAAAUUUUCAAUCAUGGGAUAAGACCGAUGACUAUGAAAGAAUGAAAGAUUUUAGAAAUCUUUGGAAAGAACAACCAAAUGACUUGCUCAGGCAGAGACAAUUAAUGGAAAACUUUUUAUUUGAUCCACCUUUACAUCGAGGAGAUCACUCAGAACAGUCAGGAAAUUUUUCAGAGUCAGACCAUAGUUUUAAUUUUCAAAAAUCAAAUGAAUUGGGAAAUAUAAGCGAUUCGAGUCCUUCAACUGUUAUUAGUUAUUCACAUAAGAAACAAAAGAGUGAUUCUUUACCAACUCAGAUUCCAAAAGUGAAGAAAGAAGUUAAUAGAAAAUCAAUGGAACCAAGUACAGUGUCAUCUUCACUGAAAUCUGGAACCUAUUCAAAAGAUCAUUUAAAUUUAGCCAAUAGAUUUGGAGCAGUUCUCAAAACAUUAAGAAAACCAGGACAUCAUGUUGGUCCAGUUAGAAAUCCAACGUGUUUGUGUGAAACUUGCAAGAGAUGGAUGUUGGAAAGAGAUCAAGUUCAAGGACGAGAACGGGCUUAUUCAUUUGGGGAAACGCCAAUUACUCAAACAACAUUCUGGAAAAGAAAUAAUCGUUAUUACGCACAAGGACGUUUGAUAGAAUCUUCAAGGAAGUUAGAUUUAUUAAGGUUUGCACUUGAAUUACGUCGCGCAGAUCUCCCACCUGACUCGGAAGCAGCAGCUCAACUUAAGACUGAACUACAAAAUGUUCAAGCCGCAAGUCCUGUACCUGUUCAAUACACAUCGUUGCAUCCGUUUCGUGCUGGUAAUCAAGGAAAACCUUCGAAUUUCUUAUCAUUGUCUCGUUGCGCUGCUGUUACCGGUAAACUUGAAGUGCGUCUAAUGGGUUGUCAAGAUUUAAUUGAGGACGUUCCCGGACGAUCGAGAAGAGAUAAAGAUUCCAUAUCGAGUCCAAGUGGAGACUUGAAAAGUUUUGUUAAGGGUGUAACAAGUCGUAGCUCAUCAAAAAGCUAUAGUGUUAAGGAUGAUGUAUCGUCAGAAAUUAUGGCUGUAAUAAAAUUGGAUAAUACAACAGUUGCUCAAACUUCAUGGAAGCCUUGCUCGCAGCAAGCCUGGGAUCAAAGAUUUUCAAUUGAUCUAGACAGAUCCCGUGAACUUGAAAUUGGUGUUUAUUGGCGAGAUUGGCGUUCUUUGUGUGCUGUAAAAGUUUUAAGAUUAGAAGAGUUUAUUGAUGAUAUCAGACAUGGGAUGGCUCUUCAAUUAGAACCACAAGGUUUGUUGUUUGCUGAAAUCAAAUUCCUUAAUCCAAUGAUUUCUCGAAAACCAAAAUUGCAACGUCAAAAGUUGAUAUUUAAUAAGCAGGCAAAAAAUAUUCCAAGAGCAAAACAAAUGAACAUAAAUAUAGCAACAUGGGGUCGAUUACUAAAAAGAAGUGCACCAAGUCAACAGCAAAAUAAUGUAGCUCAAACACCAACAACAAGUCAUCAAUAUGGAAAUGGAUCAUCUGGUACUAUACAGCCAGUACAGUUAGAGUUUGAUGAGCCACAACAGCUCGAUCCUGAUGAGACUGCGGGUGAAAUUCCAAAUGAAAAUAUUGCGGGUCUAAGUGGACAAAGACCUUUAGGCAUGCAUGGAAUUAAUGUUUUACCAGAAAGUCCACCUCAGCCACAACCAAGAGCUUAUCAACCUCCACCGCCUGUGAAACAAAAGAAAUCACAAAUGCCACAACCACCUGCAUUACCACCAAAAGUUCACGAUCAUGAGGAAUAUCAUCAGUCACGUGAAAUGUCAUUGUCACCACAGCCUCAGAUGUCUCUAGAUGUUGAUCUCUUACGUCCCGUAUUGUCAAUGCCACCAGUAGUUUUAAUGGGAGAAAGUAGUAACAGUGGAUCAGGAAACUCUAGUCCACGUCUUAACAUUCAUUCGAUUCCACCAAGCCCUAUCGUUGAGAUGCCUCCAUCUCCUGCUCCAAUGCCUGUGGUGGAAUUUCCAUCCGAAGAAGAUGUUUAUGAAUACGAUGAGCGCAGUGAAUUCGUUGAGAUCGUUUCGAAUUUCGAGAAUUUAAGUAUUCCUUCAGUUCCAUCACAACCACCAUUCCUCUUACAGCAUCACCAACAGCAUCAAGCAAGUACAUCACAAUAUCAAAAUCAGUAUCAACCAUCAGCCGCACCUCAUAACGUGAUACAACAGCAAAAUAUACCUUCAACCCAUCACGUUGAUCAGCAACAAUUGCAGCAAAGCUUAAAUCAUGCAAAUAGUAAUAAUAAUAAUAAUAAUCGUCAACGGCAGAAUGUUGCACGCGGUUUACAGUAUCGUGAUAGUGCAUACGAAUCACGACGACAUUCCCAAUCGAUGGGAAUGAGUUUGGAUAGUUUUAGAUUAUUGAGUGUCCUCGGACGAGGACAUUUUGGUAAAGUCAUUCUCUCUCAAUAUAAGAAUACAGGUGAAUACUUCGCGAUAAAGGCACUUAAAAAAGGUGACAUUAUAGCGCGAGAUGAAAUCGAAUCACUGCUCAGCGAAAAGAGAAUAUUUGAAGUUGCAAAUACAAUGAGACAUCCAUUCUUGGUCAAUUUGUUUGCAUGCUUUCAGACUGAACAACAUGUUUGCUUUGUAAUGGAAUAUGCAGCUGGUGGCGAUUUAAUGAUGCACAUUCAUACUGAUGUUUUUAGCGAGCCUCGUGCCGUCUUUUAUGCAUCAUGUGUCGUAUUAGGUUUACAGUAUCUUCAUGAGAAUAAAAUUAUUUAUCGUGACUUAAAAUUAGACAAUUUAUUGCUGGACACGGAAGGAUACGUCAAGAUAGCUGAUUUUGGACUUUGUAAGGAAGGAAUGGGCUUUGGUGAUCGUACUGGAACAUUCUGUGGAACUCCAGAAUUCCUGGCGCCAGAAGUACUAACAGAAACUGCAUACACAAGAGCUGUUGAUUGGUGGGGCUUGGGCGUUUUGAUAUUUGAAAUGCUUGUUGGAGAAUCACCGUUUCCAGGCGAUGAUGAGGAAGAAGUUUUUGAUUCUAUUGUCAACGAUGAAGUUCGUUAUCCAAGAUUCUUAUCAUUAGAAGCUAUCGCCAUUAUGAGAAGACUUCUUCGUAAGAAUCCAGAGAGGAGGUUAGGCAGUUCAGAACGUGAUGCAGAAGAUGUUAAAAGGCAGGCCUUUUUCAGAGGCAUUUCUUGGGAUGAAUUGUUGCUACGCAAAGUCAAACCUCCAUUUGUACCAACAAUCCGCUCAAUGGAAGAUGUGUCAAAUUUUGAUGAGGAAUUUACGUCCGAAAAAGCUCAAUUAACGCCACCGAAAGAGCCAAGACAUUUAUCAGACCAAGAACAGGAUUACUUCAAAGAUUUCUCAUACAUGGCAGAUUGGUGCUAAAUUAAUUAACAUAACAUUAACUAAGUAUAAAGUAUGAUUGACUUGUCGGUAUUCUUUGAAUGAUUUAUGAUUUAAACAAUUAUCUCUUAAUUAUUAUUAACCAGAAUUCAUCUCUACUCCCCUAAAAUAUAUUGAUUUUACAAUAAAAGAAAAAUAAUAUCAAUUACUGUAAUACAGCAGCAGCUACUGUUAGUAUAGAAUUUAUGAUGAUAACAUUAGUUUUUAAUAAUUAGGCAUGUUGAAUAACUAGGGAAGAAGAGACGAGAAUUUACUUUUAAUUUAAUUACACUUUUGAUUAAUAUAGAAAUUUUUUAUGUCAAAUUAUGAUCCCAUUAAUCUAUCAAGGAUGAUUAGUAAAGAGACACACUAGCUUAAUACUUUUAUAUCUAUUAAACCCUAUUAAGUUUUUAUUCGUGGCAUAAGAAAAUUUAUCCAAAAUUGAAGAAACUUAUAAAAAAUAUAAUAACACUGGUCCUUGAUCUUGGCCAAAUAGAGUCACUAAGACCAUAGAAGCACGAAAUUUAUUAAAAAUCACUGUUUUAUUCAUCUCCACAAGUCUUAUCAUAUUGUUUUUUACAUAUCAUAGUAGUGCUUCUUUUCUAUCCGUUAAAUACUUUUUGAACUUAUGAGCAGUUGAUAGCUUGACAUCAUUUGAUUCUUACGACUCGAAUUAUAAUUUUAUGCUAUUAAAAAACAACAAGAAAUUGAAGAAACAUAUUUUCUCAAGACACAAAAAAGCAAGGAACCAUGAAGAUACAUCAAUUUUUAGAUGAAAUAGAUAUGUGUGUUCGUUCAAAGAUCCAUUGGGGUUUUCUAUCAAGUCAUUUGACUUCAAAUAACCCUUCGAUCGAUUUAUGAACAACCUUAAUGCGAAUAUUUUGACAAAUGAAAAGAAAUAAAAAACAAAGCAAAUUCACAACUUUUAGAGCUUUUAUGAAUAAUGUAAGGACUUACAAAUUUUUUGCGUAGCGAAGAUACUAUGAAAAAUGAUAAGUAAUAUCGUUGCCUUUAUAAAUAUUAUCAAAUGAUGAUAAAUAUUGUUUCACAAAACAUUUUUUGCUGUUGAUACAUAAGCUAGGUAUAUGAAAAUUCUGUUGCAUGCAUAGUUAAAUGGAAAUUUUUACUUAAAAAUUACAAAAGUCCAGAUGUUAUUGAUCGAGGGACUUCAGCGCAUUUUUGACGCAGCGAUCAGUAUUUGAUUAGCAAGUUAAGGCGAAUUAAAACAUACCCUUAGAACUCAUUACAGGCUGUAUUUUCCAAAUUUUAUGAAUUACGUACAAAAUCAUACGAAACUUAAAAAAUGCCCGGCGAAAUAAUAACUCGAUAAAACUGAGUUAAUCGAACAAGCCCGAGCUCUCUACGAUGUAUGGUUAACGAGAUAUCAGCUUGCCCCGAGCAGCCUGCCGAUCAAAGUAAGUUAUUAAGCUACCAUUUCGCAAAAAAAGUUUUCAAAAAUGCGCUAAAAAUGAAUGAAUAAAAAAGUACGUGAUAAAAAAUGUUGUUCAUCAUAUUGAAGAAAUUGAAAAAGUUCUUAAAACUGAAUUCGUUAUUAGAAACUUAGCAUGAAAAUAAAAUGAAUUAAUUGUCUGCUACUAUUCUAAAUAAAUUUAUUAUAUGAUAUAAAAGAAACUCUUUAAUUUAUUACCUACAUUGGCGAAAAUGUUUUUGCCCCAUAAUUAAAUUUUUAAUGACAUAAAACAAGUUGUAAUUGUAGAACGACACGAAAGAAAAAUUAAUUAUAAUAAAAA